AUGUGCGAGAACGGCAAAUGCUGCCCCAUUGGCGAAACAUGCGUCACCGACGGCUGCUGUCCGGCGGGAGGCGAAGAGUGUGGCUCCGAGGGUUGCUACAACCCCGAAGAAGGAGAAUCUUGCUGCGGUGGCACCGGGAAAAAGUGUCCUGAGGGCUACUUCUGCACCGAAACCGGGUGCUGCCCGACCGGAACCAAACAAUGUGGCACAGGUUGCUACGAUCCCGAGACGGAAGUCUGUUGCAACGACGAAGAAGGGCACACCUGUGAGAUGGGUUACGAUUGUAUGAAAGAGGGUGGAUGUUGCCCGACGGGCAUGAUCAGCUGCGGCAAUGACAAGUGUUAUGAUCCCGAGACAUCCGUGUGCUGCCCUGGCGGCUCUGGUCUCUGCGGGAGACAGAUUGACACUGGCACCUGUGCUCUCGACACCGUCUGUGCGAAAGGGAUGACGUGUGUUGAUGGGAACCAAUGCUGUCCCGAAGGUCAAAAGCUGUGUGGUACGAAGAGGUGUUAUGAUCCCGAGACGGAGGUAUGCUGCAACGACGAAGAAGGGCACACCUGUGAAAUGGGCUACGAUUGUAUGAAAGGGGGUGAUUGUUGCCCGACGGGCAUGAUCAAAUGCGGCAAAGACAAGUGUUAUGAUCCGAAGACAUCCAUGUGCUGCCAGGAUGCUGUAGGGAGCAAGAACUGGGCGUGCAAGGAUGGUUUCCAAUGCUGCGUCGCCUCUGAGGGUUGUUUCGACAGCAAAACGCAGAGAUGUUGCGCAGAUCCCAACGGCCCCUGUGACAUAGAUGCAGCUUGCUGUGGCGGGAAAUGUUGUCCGAAGGGAUACGGGUGCAAUAAGAAUAACAAGUGUUAUAAGAAGCCCACGACUACACGGUCAUCCAAGACCAAACAAUGCAAGACACCAACGCCUACAAGAGUGGCACCCUCGCCCAUGGUGACCGUCCCAUUCGUGUACGACCCUAGACGCAGGCUACAGGAGUCAGCAGAUCCGACCAGUGACGAGAUUUUUGAGAUUUCAAAUCGUGCGGUCUUGAUGAAUAUGUGUGAGGGCAUGAAAAAGCUGAAUGGCGGCAAGGGCACCCAGGAAUACCAAUUGACCUACGCCGGGCCGGGCAAGAGAAAUUGUUGGAAGAUCAGGAACCGAAGGAUCAUGUGUCCUCAGGGCUUCUGCGCCAAGGCCGUCGACGAAUACGUAAAUCAAUUCUACCCUGACGGGAUACCCAACUGGGCAAAAGCAGCUAUUGAGGCCGCCGGUGACAUGGAGUGUGACGAGUUCCCCUUUGCCAAUUCCCUCCAGGGGGGCGAUGCGGUCAGCGGAACUGCUAUGUGUAUUCCAUCAGACGACAACAGUUUCCAAGGUCAAUCAUUAUCUGGCUACUUCAGCCGCAAGGAUAUUGUGGCUGGUGAGGACUAUGUGAUUAAGAUUGUGGGGUGGAAUUGUGACAAGCAAGAGCCCAUGCGCCGGCGGAGGGAUGACCAUGAUGCUACAGUGGAAAUGUCUGAGAGCCUGAUGCCCAUCCUGAACAGACUGGCAAAGCGGGAUGCAUUUGACGAGCCUGUACCGCGAUAUGGAGGUAAGUCCCAAUCCUAUCCUAUUUGUGUCUGGCCCUACUCUUUCCCCAUGCUUAUACAGCGUUGGUAG